CCGAGGAGGUGAAGACUCAGUUCCAGGGCCCAGCAAGGGCAGGAGGGACAGACCAGCCUCCCUGCCCCCCGCCUCUCUCAACAAGCCCCUAAGAGUUUUUCCUCUUUUGUCCUGCACUCAGCAUUGCUGGGCAGGACACCCCACUUCUCCCCGAUGAAGCGGACGCACCUGUUUGUGGUGGGGGUCUGCCUGCUGUCCUCCUGCCGGGCGGAGGAAGGGCUGAACUUUCCCACGUACGACGGCAAGGACCGUGUGGUGAGUCUCACGGACAAGAACCUCAAGCAGGUCCUGAAGAGGUACGACCUGCUGUGCCUCUACUACCACGAGCCCGUGUCUUCGGACAAGGUCGCUCAGAAGCAGUUCCAGCUGAAGGAGAUCGUGCUGGAGCUUGUGGCCCAAGUCCUGGAACAUAAAGAUAUAGGCUUUGUGAUGGUCGAUGCCAAGAAAGAAGCCAAGCUUGCCAAGAAACUGGGUUUCCAUGAAGAAGGAAGCCUGUACAUUCUUAAGGGCGAUCGCACAAUUGAGUUUGAUGGCGAGUUUGCAGCUGAUGUCCUGGUGGAGUUUCUCUUGGACCUCAUUGAAGAUCCAGUGGAGGUCAUCGGCAGCAAACUGGAAGUCCAAGCCUUUGAACGCAUUGAGGACCACAUCAAACUCAUUGGUUUUUUCAAGAGCGAAGACUCAGAAUAUUACAAGGCUUUUGAAGAGGCAGCUGAGCACUUCCAGCCUUACAUCAAGUUUUUCGCGACCUUCGACAAAGGGGUUGCGAAGAAGUUGUCCUUGAAGAUGAAUGAGGUUGACUUCUACGAGCCAUUUAUGGACGAGCCCAUUGCCAUCCCUGACAAACCUUACACAGAAGAAGAGCUCGUGGAGUUUAUAAAGGAGCACCAGAGACCCACCCUCCGCCGCCUGCGCCCAGAAGAUAUGUUUGAAACAUGGGAAGACGACUUGAACGGGAUCCACAUAGUGGCCUUUGCAGAGAGGAGUGACCCAGAUGGCUACGAGUUCCUGGAGACCCUGAAACAGGUGGCCCGGGACAACACCGACAACCCGGACCUGAGCAUCAUCUGGAUCGACCCGGACGACUUCCCUCUGCUCAUUGCCUAUUGGGAAAAGACUUUCAAGAUCGACCUAUUCAAGCCGCAGAUUGGGGUGGUGAACGUGACAGAUGCCGACAGCGUCUGGAUGGAGAUUCCGGAUGACGACGACCUACCCACGGCCGGGGACCUGGAGGACUGGAUUGAGGACGUGCUUUCUGGAAAGAUAAACACCGAGGAAGACGACAAGGAAGAUGAUGAUGACGAUGAUGAUGACGACGAUGGCGACAGUGAUAAUUCUGAUGAGGAGGAGAAUGAUGACAGUGACGAUGAUGACGACUAGCUCCGGCUCCACCUGGUUUUGAUGGAAACGGAAUCCCGGCUCCCCCCUUCCACACGGCCAGCACCAGGUGGCAGCCAGCAGCCCCGGCCACGCCCAGCCACUCCUCUCCCUCUCCCAGCAUCUCUUCCCACCCCUUCCCAUCAGGAGCUGUACCAUUCAGCACAUGCACGUGCCUUUCUAAAUCCAGUCGCCCUGCUCGGCAAGGACAGGGGGGAACCGUUCCCCUGUGGAUGGUCCUGACCGUCACGGGAAAGCUCUGCUCUCUGUCCGCCAUCCGUGGCCAUGGCAGCGCUGGACUCUGGGUGGUCCAGGGAGAGCCCUCCCCUGACACUGAUACUCAAGUUUACUUGUGUCCUCUGACUCCGACAGGGACAGAAUGGACAGCUUGCUAACUCGCCAACACGCAGUGGCCGUAUCAUCAUCAGAGCCCGGGGAAGACACACAAUUAAUCCUGCGGCCCGUGCCUGGCACAUCGGUGAGACCCUCGUAGGGGAGGCUCAGCCUUGGAGACAGGCUUAUGAGGCAGCUUCUCUUGGCUCUAUGAAGCUUAUUCUUCAAGUGAAGGUCAGACCAUGAUGAGCGCAGAUCGAGCCUUUGGAUGGCCAUCGAGAGGCCUUGUUCAAGCGCAUGUGGAUGGAUGUCACCAUCACUUCCAGUAUGUGCGGCACUAGGAGGGAGGUUAACGUGCUCUCUGAACUUCCCUUGCAAUGGUUCUCAACCUGUGGGUCGCCAUCCCUUUGGCAGUCAAACGACCCUUUCACAGGGGUCGCCUAAGACCAUCCUGCAUAUCAGAUAUUUACAUGACGAUUCAUAACAGUAGCAACAUUGCAGUUAUGAAGUAGCAACGAAAAUAAUUUUAUGGUUGGGUCACAACAUGAGGAACUGUAUUUAAAGGGCCAGAAGGUUGAGAACCACUGCCUUAGGGACAAGUCUCACAUAGGGGAGGGGGAGACGCUGAGAGAAUGAAAGGAUUUUAUUUUUUCUGAUGGGUCAGGUGGCUUCCUAGCCUGAGCUCGGGUCUGGACACCCCCUCCCAUUUGGAGAAAGGGUUGGUUUAUCCAGAGGUCAGUUAACCCUGCUUUCAUCAGCACUCCCACAGUUGACCAGGACAGUAAACAGAGUUCAUAGCGAUGCCCCGAGGCACUAAAAUAAACAUGCCCAAGUGCCUUCAGAACUCUCUAAAAGUUAUAUCGUGCUCGGUAGUUUUAGCGUUAAGUUUGAAUAAUAAUGUUCUAAUUUAUUUUCUCAAUCUUUUGACAUGUGUAAGACACUGCAAAUUCUUCAAAAAUAGGGCAAUCCUUUUAUGGAAUACUAGCUAACUAACUGUCAUUAAAGUCAUAUCUUGAAAAUAUUAAAA